CUGCUGCGGCGUUCACAGAAUAAUGAACGACAUUCUCUUAGAAGCAGGAAGAAUUAACUGCUUCAGAUUGUUGUUUCUGGAAGAAGAAGAAGAAGACAACUCCACAACAAGGUAGGGCAAUUAAAAGACCUCUUUGCCUAUGGAGUUCCCAACAAACAAACAAUAAAACGAGGUUACACUGAUAUGAAACCAAUGAGCACUUGUUGAAGCAAAAAAAUCCAUAAGAAAGAUGGAAAAGACAGACACUCGAGAAGAGAAGAUACUUGUUCUGGUGAGAUUGAGGCCCCCUAACGAGAAAGAGAUUGCCGCUAACGAACCUACCGAUUGGGAAUGUCUCAAUGAUACCACCCUUCUCUACAGAAGAAACACUUUGCGCCACUCCUCCAACUUUCCUUCUGCUUAUUCUUUUGAUAGAGUAUACGGAGGUGAAUGUCCCACCCGACAAGUUUACGAGAAUGGAACCAAGGAUAUCGCUCUAUCUGUUGUCAAAGGAAUCAAUUCUAGUAUUUUUGCGUACGGCCAGACGAGUAGCGGAAAGACGUACACCAUGUCUGGUAUUACUGAGUUUGCUGUGGCUGACAUUUUUGACUAUAUUUUUCAGCAUGAAGAAAGGGCAUUUUCCGUGAAAUUUUCAGCUAUUGAGAUCUACAAUGAGGCCAUUCGAGAUUUGCUUAGCUCGGAUGGCACAUCCCUUAGGCUACGAGACGAUCCUGUGAAAGGGACAGUGGUUGAAAAAGCUACAGAGGAAACUCUGCGAGACUGGAACCAUCUCAAGGAUCUUCUAUCUCUUUGCGAAGCACAACGUAAGAUUGGUGAAACCGCAUUGAAUGAGAAAAGUUCCAGAUCUCAUCAGAUUAUCAGACUGACGGUUGAAAGCUCUGCUCGUGAGUUCUUAGACAAAGAAAACUCCACCACCCUCAUGGCGAGUGUGAAUUUCAUCGAUCUGGCGGGAAGCGAGCGUGCAUCACAGGCGAUGUCAGCGGGUGCGAGACUCAAGGAAGGCUGCCAUAUCAACCGGAGUUUGCUUACUCUUGGAACAGUCAUCCGUAAACUUAGUAAGGGAAGUAGGCAAGGGCACAUCAACUUUAGAGACUCCAAGCUCACACGAAUUCUACAGCCAUGCUUGGCGGGUAAUGCAAGAACCGCCAUCAUCUGCACUCUGAGCCCAGCGAGAAGUCAUGUAGAGCUAACGAGGAACACUCUCUUGUUUGCUUGCUGUGCAAAGGAAGUUACCACAAAGGCGCGGAUCAACGUCGUUAUGUCAGACAAGGCCCUGCUGAAGCAACUACAGCGUGAGCUUGCGAGGCUCGAGACCGAGCUGAGAACCCCUGCCACACCUGCCUCAAAAUGUGAUUGUGCCAUGACUGUGAGGAAGAAGAAUCUUCAGAUACAAAAGAUGGAAAAGGAGAUGGCGGAGUUGAGACAAGAGAGAGAUCUUGCUCAAUCCCGACUUGAAGAUAUCAUGAGAAUGGUUGAACACGAUGAGGCCUCAAAGUCUGGAACUCCGCACCACAUAGACAAAUGGGAGGAUGGUUCUGUGACACCGCUGUCAAUAACAAGAGCUUAUGUUGGGUCUCACUCUGAUGAUGAUGAAGAGCUGCCUACGCGUUCAGAAGAUCCAUCUGAAGAAUAUUGCAGAGAAGUUCAAUGCAUUGAGAUUGAGGAAUCAGCUAACAAAGACGAAGAAAAAAGAGCACAACCUAAAAGCAUUUUAGACCGUGGUGAUGAUGGUGAAACGAGUGUAGGCCAAAACGUGAGGUCGAGAAGCUGGAACCACAGCACGAGCACUCCACCUGAAAACCUCGGAAGACCAGAAGAAGAGAGUCACAAGAAGAUUGUGUUUUCUGGUGGUUUAGAGUUGGGUUCUAGUGUGUCAAGGAAUGAUUCGCUGUCUUCUUGCGGGAGCGAUUCCACUGCGACUCAGAGCAUCAGAACGCCCUUGGGAGAAGAGGGAGGUAUCACUAGCAUCCGGACUUUCGUUGAUGGUCUCAAGGAUAUGGCUAAGCGUCAAGGCGAGGAGGUUUCGAAUGCUGAUGAUUCUGGGAAAAUGGGGAGGGAUAUUAGUCUGGUUAUUAUGGACAUGGAAUUUGAGAGACAGCGGCGUGAGAUUCUGGAGCUAUGGGAAACCUGUAACGUCUCUUUGGUGCAUAGAACAUACUUCUACUUGCUCUUCAAAGGAGAUGAUGAGGCUGAUUCAAUCUACAUCGGAGUUGAGCUAAGAAGACUUGUGUUUAUGAAAGAUCGCUUCUCUCAGGGAAACCAAGCCUUGGAAGGAGGAGAAACCUUAACUCUGGCUUCAAGCCGAAAGGCGCUUCACAGGGAGAGAAUGAUGCUGAGCAAGCUUGUUGGGAAAAGGCUUUCAGGAGAAGAGAGGAGAAAAAUCUACCGCAAGUUUGGGAUAGCGGUCAACUCAAAACGCAGGCGUUUACAACUUGUGAACGAGCUUUGGAGGAAUCCCAAGGACAUGAGUCAGGUUGUGGAAAGCGCAGAUGUUGUAGGGAAGCUUGUGAGGUUCGCAGAGCAAGGGAGAGCCACGAAAGAGAUGUUUGGUCUGGCCUUCACGCCUCCUUCCUUCUUGACAGCUCAGAGAACGCGUAGCUGGAGAACAAGCAUGCCUUCGCUUUUUUAACAAUCUGUCCUUUCCGUUAUAAGCCAUAUUAAUACUUUCGUGUAGCAGUGUGUAUAUCUUUCUUCUUUGUGUCUUUUCUUUUCCUUUUUUUUUUUAUUUUGAAGAAGCCAACGUUGUGUAACUGAUGUAUUUUUCGGAAUCAAAACUGUUAUUUGGCAUCUGUUGGUUAAAUUUACAGUCAAGUUUGGAAAAAG